GUGUGUGGUCUUUGGCCAGAUGACGGACAGCUUCGUCCAGAGCAGUCGACCCUUAAACCUUACAGCCUUACGGAAUGUUACUCCCAGUUAUGCCAGCUCUGACAAUUGUCCUACCAUGCCUGGAGUGGAUAUCGAAUCCAUGAUGGCUAAUCGUGCCUAUUACUUUGUGGGGAUUGGAGUAGCAGUACUCAUUCUUGGAACAUUUCAAGUCAUGCUUUUCCUGCUGGCAGCUACCAGACAGACAAAAAGGAUCCGUGAGAGAUACUUCCAUUCAGUGAUCCACCAGCAAAUGGGAUGGUUUGACAUACAUCAGAUCGGAGUGCUAAUUACCAGAUUGACAGAUGAUAUUAACACAAUCAACGAGGGAUUGGGAGACAAGAUCUGUUUAUUCGUGCAGUAUUUCUGCACAUUCAUUGCUAGCAUCAUCAUUGGGUUCAUCAAAGGUUGGAAGCUGACCCUUGUUAUCCUAGCAGUCAGUCCUCUUCAUGCUGGAUCUGCUGCACUCUGGUCCACGAUCAUUGCCUCCCUGACCAGUAAGGAGCUUUCAGCAUAUGCCAAGGCUGGGGCAGUUGCUGAGGAAAUUCUUGUGGCUAUCAGGACAGUCGUGGCUUUCAAUGGGCAGAAGAAAGCAGUGGAGAAGUAUGAAUCUAACUUAGAGGAGGCCAAAAAUUUUGGGGUGAAGAAGGCUAUUGCAACCAAUGGAACAAUGGGACUCUCUCAGUUCUUUAUGUUGUCAACAUACGCCCUGGCCUUUUGGUAUGGAAGAAAGCUUACAGUCGACGAACCUGAAAACUACUCCAUUGGACAAGUUCUCACUGUGUUUUCUGCUGUGAUGAUCGCAACAUCAUCUCUGGGUCGAGGAAUUCCAAUCUUGGAGAGCAUAGCCAAGGCUCGUGGGGCGGCCUGUGAGAUCUACAAGACCAUCGACCUGCCACGUCCGAUUGACAGCAGCUCGAAGGAAGGUCACAAGCCAGAAACGGUGAAAGGAGACAUAGAAUUCAAGAACAUUCACUUCAGCUACCCAUCCAGGAAGGAUGUGAAAAUCCUACAGGGUGUGAAUCUGGUGGUCCCUCGUGGAAAGACCAUUGCCCUAGUGGGAGCCAGCGGCUGUGGAAAGAGCACCACCAUCCAGCUUCUGCAGCGCUUCUAUGACCCAGAUGCUGGAGAGAUCACUCUGGACGGCCAUGACAUCCGCACGCUCAAUGUGAAAUGGCUGAGGGAGAACAUCGGCAUUGUCAGCCAGGAGCCUGUGCUCUUCGGAACCACGAUUGCUGAAAACAUCCGCUACGGCUGGGAGAACGCCACGGACGAGGACAUCGAGCGUGCCGUGAAGGAGGCCAACGCCUACGAGUUCAUAUCUAAACUCCCUGAUAAGAUGAACACGAUGGUCGGGGAACGGGGGGCCCAGCUGAGUGGGGGGCAGAAGCAGAGGAUCGCCAUCGCCAGAGCCCUGGUGAAAAAUCCCAAAAUCCUGCUACUUGAUGAGGCCACCUCUGCUCUGGACACUCAGAGCGAGUCUAUUGUGGAGGCUGCCCUAGAUAAGGCACGGGCCGGCCGGACUACAAUAAUCAUCACUCACCGCCUGUCAACUAUCAAGACAGCCGACAUCAUCGCGGGCUUCAGUGACGGUGUGGUGACUGAGCAGGGAACCCACAGCCAGCUCAUAGCCUUGAAGGGGGUCUACUACUCAUUAGUCAUGCAGCAGGUAGCUACCAAGAUUCAAGCUCAACGUAAGGAAAACAAUGCAAGUGAGUCAAGUGAAGACGACUCGUUUGAUGAGGAGGAGGAGUCCUUUGAGGAGGAUCCAGACUUUGAAGAUAAUCAAAACAAUGACUUAGAAGAACAUGGCACAUCGCAGAACGUCUCUCUGAGGCGUACAGGCAGCUUCCGGCGGAGAUCUUCCAAGAAGAAGAAGAAGAAGAAGAAGAAGUUUCUCAAGAAACCUGCAGAUAAGGAGAAUAAGGAGGAGAAGGUCCCAGAAGUUCCAUUCAAAAGAAUUUUAGCUUUGAAUAAGCCGGAGUGGCCUUACCUGCUGAUUGGGAUGCUUGCCAGUUUAGUGGGCGGAGCCGUCUAUCCCUGCGUCUCUAUUAUCUUUGCAAAAAUAAUUGGCGUCUUUGCUGAAACUGACCCAGAAGUGAAACGGCAGAAAACCAUGAUGCUUUCAUUGCUUUUACUUCUGAUUGCUGUAGUCGCAUUCGUGAUGUACUUCGUACAGGGUUUCAUGUUUGGCAAAUCAGGAGAACUUCUGACAAUGAGACUGAGAAGUCAGUGUUUCAGAGCCAUGAUGGGGCAGGAAAUCGGCUGGUUUGAUGACAGCAGAAAUGCGGUGGGAGUUUUAACUACUAAACUGGCAACCGAUGCUUCACUGGUCAAAGGGGUAGCAGGAUCCAGACUAGGCCUGGUUACGAACACCAUAUGCGCUCUGACCAUCGCCAUCGUCGUGGCCUUCAUCUACUGCUGGCAGCUCACACUCCUCGUACUCGUCUGCGUGCCUUUCCUCUCGGGAGCCAACUUCAUACAGAUGAGGCCUACUGUUAGCUAUGCUUCUACAGGCCAGAAUGCCCCAGAACAUUCUGGAAAGAUCACCACAGAGACAGUUGAGAACUUCAGGACAGUUGUGUCCUUGUCACAAGAAGAAGUAUUUUUCCAGAGAUUCAAAGAUAGUUUGAGUUCUUCAUACAAGACUGCUCUACGUAGUGCCCCCACCUAUGGAAUAACCUACGCCCUUGCUCAAGUCACCCGGUACUUUGUCAACGCUGCGAUUUUCCGUUUCGGCGCGUGGCUUAUAGCACAAUGCUACACGCAUUACGAGAAUGUUUUUCUUGUGUACUACGCCAUUCUCUUUACUGCUAUGAAUGUUGGAUACUUAACCAGUUUCCCUACGGAUUUUACGAAAGCAAAGGCAUCUGCACGGCGAAUAUUAGCCUUGCUGGAGAGGAAGCCUGAGAUCGACAUUUACAGUGAGAAGGGCGACAUGCCUGAAGCGGCCAAGAGUGCCAAUAUCCAUACCUUUAUCCAGAGUCUUCCAGAGACAUACAGCACCAGGGUAGGGGACAAAGGUGCCCAGCUGUCUGGGGGGCAGAAGCAGAGGAUUGCUAUCGCCCGGGCACUAGUGCGUCACCCAAAGGUGCUGCUGCUGGACGAGGCCACCUCCGCACUGGACACCGAGAGCGAAAAGAUCGUGCAGCAGGCUCUGGACAAGGCGCGGCUCGGUCGCACCUGUGUGGUCAUCGCCCACCGUCUCUCCACCAUCCAGAACGCAGACACCAUCGCCGUCAUCCAGAAUGGAAGGGUGGUCGAACAAGGAACGCACAGCGAACUCAUGCAGAGAGAGGGGGCCUAUUACGCCCUAGUAAAUGCCCAGGUGUCUCACUGA